UAGCCAACCGUUCCAACAAUGUCAUUCAAAGUCCAUACAUGCCGAUACUUUCUCUUCAUCAUCUUCUCCCGAUAAUUCCAUAUCCAUGGCCGAACUAAUCCAUCACAAACCCAAAUCCAAACCCACCACUAAUUGCUUCCUGGGUUGUUUCGGAUUCCCCAGCAAACAACAAUUUUCCAGGAAAAAAUCAGUUGCCAAGAAAAACAACAAAACCACCCUAUGCUUUUCUUGGUCAAGAUUUCGCAUCAAAAGAUCCUCCACCGUCAAAACAGUGCCCCUAGACUCCACUAAUGUGUCAUCCGAGAGCUUCAACCUCUCCUUCAUAUGUCCAAGUCCGACCAAAAAAGAUUCUAAACCACUCGGUCAAAUCACCGCAGCCGCCAUAGUCUCCUCUGACAAUCAAUCCCCUAAAGAGACAAAGAUCAACAAUCUCCAUCACAGUAGGAGGCAAUCGCAUGACGCCACGUGCCAAAAGGGAUUGUCCUUCCGCCGCAAAAUCGACUCCAUAAGAAACACCAGCCACCCGGGUUCACCUGACACGGCCAAGCCCAGAAACGGGCGGCCCAACGUGUCCAUUUCAAGGUCCACGACGUUCCCGGGUCCGGAACGGGUGAAAUUGGUGGGUAGCCCGUCAACCCAUUCUCCAGUUAUAAGUAAAGAAGAAGACAAUAAAUCGGAUCCGAUUGUGGGUAUGUCCAUUAUAAUAGUGACAAUAUUGAUAAUGUUAGUAUGGGGUAGAUUAUGCGCCAUCCUUUGUACAUCUGCAUGGUUUUUCUUUGUUCCUCGUUUGGGAAGCAAUAUUGAUCACAGUGGUACAAAUGGGUCGGGCUCGAAGCAACCCGACUUGAAUUCGAAGGAGUACAAGAAGCGUGUUGUUUUGGAGGGUCUUCUCGAGAGGAAUUAUCAUCGUCAUCGUUCAACACUCUGAACCGGAUGGCAUUUUGUGUAAAUUAGACAUAAUGGUGUGUCUAAAUUUGUAACAAACUGUCUCCGUCUUCUAGAAGAUGGUUUAGUUUUCAACUUCUAUAAAUUAUGCACUUUGUCUAAUUGGGCAAUUGGAGAUGUCACGUGAUAUUGAUUUCAUUUGUGUUAAGAAAAAUAUACCACAUC